AUGACUGAAGUACAAACAUUCAUGCUCAACACACAAAUGAAUGCCCCCAGCGGGACUCGAACCAGCCCUACUCGAUUGCGACCGCUGGCACAGCAAGUAUCGUGCUUGGUUGCAAUCAAUGCAGUAGCGGGGAAUCCGCCUGCUUUGGUCUCUUACGCCGAGGUUGGCAGCAUUCCAAAUCCAAACUAUCAUUUCAACUACGCGGUGAACGACCCCUCGACUGGUGACAACAAAGCCCAGUGGGAGACGCGUGAAGGAGACGUUGUGAGAGGAGCCUACUCACUAGUGGAGCCCGACGGCAACGUACGAGUCGUAGAAUACACGGCGGAUCCAGUGCGGGGUUUCAACGCCGUUGUUAAACGCAGUGGACCGAAUGUACAUUCCGUAUCAGUGCCGGUCGCGGCGGUAGCGGCACCGGUCGCGGUUGCAAAACCCUUGUUCGAACCGGCCGUUGCUCCUAUCGCUCAGCAAAUUUACGAGCCCAACCUCGAUGAAUACGGUUUAAUCACAAAACCCAUUUACGAGCCAAUCGACGAUUACGGAGUCGCGCCUAUAGCUCCCAUUGAUGAUAUUGCGCCACUAAAAUCAUAUGAUUACGCACCAGCCCCAUGGGUUUCCCUCAGUGGCACGAGCUACGGAUCCAAAGGCAACAUAGUCCGCAGAUGGACUGCCGGCCCUAUAUCUUUACACGGCAAAACACUAACAAUUAAAACGAAGAAU